ACUAGGAUGGCUACAAUUAGGAGCUCUGCCAGAUUAGAACUGAGUCUGAGAGCCAAGUAGGGACCCAAGGCAGAAGCUGGGGUCCUAAAUCUGAACACCACCUUCACACACACUUGGAGUACACUGAGCACACUCGAUAAUACCCAGACCAUUGGUACACAUAUCACUGCUGACCCUCCAUCACUGGGGUUUUCCUGAGCCCUUUAUGUAUCUGCCUGAAUCUUCCAGAGACCUGGCUUAGGAGUGAGGCUAGGUCCUUUGCGUCAAGAGGCUGGUCCUGGGGGAACAAACUUGUAACUAAUCCAUAGGUUAACCUGCUGGUUGGGGGUAGAAUUCUAAUUGUUCCACAGCCCAAGCCUCCUAGAAGCUGGCUAACAUCUUCUUCUUCCAAGGCUGUGGAAUCCACUCUGCAGUCUUCUCUCUCACUGGCCAUCCGACGACAGGCCCUCCUACUGCCUAACCUUUGCCCUUUCUAAUUGCCCUGAUCUCAUCCCAACCUCCAGAGCUAUGUUUAAAGUCCACCUCUGGGGAGCACACAGAUUGAAUGUUCCAGAUAUCCCUUCCCCAGUCCUGCUUGGCAUCUGGCCCGGUGGGCUAUGUACCCGGACUUCCCGGGACACUGGCUGGCGUUUGAGGAGAGACCUCGGUGCCUACCUGGUUCCAGGAUGACGCGGGCCAUCAGCUUCUUGAUUUUGUGGCUCAGCCUGGGGGGUAGCCUGGCUCAGAGUGACAGCAGCCCUGAUGCAGAGGAGUCCUAUUCAGACUGGGGCCUUCGGCACAUCCGGGGCAGCUUUGAAUCUGUCAACAGCUACUUCGAUUCCUUUCUGGAACUGCUGGGAGGGAAAAAUGGAGUCUGUCAGUACAGAUGCCGAUAUGGAAAGGCACCAAUGCCCAGACCUGGCUACAAGCCUCAGGAACCCAACGGCUGCAGCUCCUAUUUCCUGGGUCUCAAGGUACCAGGAAGUAUGGACUUGGGCAUUCCAGCAAUGACCAAGUGCUGCAACCAGCUGGAUGUCUGUUAUGACACUUGCGGUGCCAACAAGUAUCGCUGUGAUGCAAAAUUCCGAUGGUGUCUACACUCAAUCUGCUCUGAUCUUAAGAGGAGUCUGGGCUUUGUCUCCAACGUGGAAGCCUGUGAUUCUCUGGCUGAUACUGUGUUCAACACUGUAUGGACCUUGGGGUGCCGACCCUUUAUGAACAGCCAACGGGCAGCCUGCAUCUGUGCGGAGGAGGAGAAAGAAGAGUUAUGAGGAGGAGGUGACGCCUUUCUGGUUUUCAGUGACACCACAGCUGCCAUCUCAGAGGUGGUAGGAUGGAAGAUGUAGCUCAUCCUUUCUUCCAAAAGUCUUGGAUACCACAAAGCAGGAGAAAGGAAACAUUAUUCUACAGCUGAAAAGUAAGCCUUGUCCUUUGAGGAGAAUUGGAAAAAAAGACAUGGAGUGACUUGAAGGCUACUCUUUGCUUUAACACUGGUGACCCCAACCAAGACAUAUUUGCCUGGAAAUUCAAUUCUUAGUUUAAAGACUAAAAUAAAGACUAAAAUACUGGGAUUCCUGGAAAUGAUAAUUAUAUUCAUAAGUGAAAUUUUGGAGAAUCCAACUAUUUGGGAGGCAGUGACUUUCCUCUGAUCCAUGUUUCAGUUGCCAGUAAGCACCUCACAUUUAAUAAAGUGUACUUUUUAGAAAAU